AUGGUCCGCCUGAGAGAGAUCCCGCGGACCGGGGCCUUUGCCUGGUCGCCCGGUUCUGACGCCCUCGUCGUCACCGGCACCCGCUCCGGCGCAGUCGACGCCGACUUCUCCGACGAGACCAAGCUCGAGCUGUGGGACCUCAACCUCGAUUCCCAAGAACAGGGGCUCGAGCUCCAGCCGAUAGCUACCAUCAGCACAGAGUCCAGAUUCUACGAUAUAGCAUGGGGUGCCCCAAGUGACGAGCACCCAUUGGGUGUUGUUGCCGGCGCAAUGGAGGAUGGAUCCCUGCAGCUGUGGGAUGCCCAGAAGCUCAAGGACAGCGAAGAUGCCCUGAUUUCACGCACGACAAAGCACACCGGCCCUGUCAAGUCACUCCAAUUCAACCCCCUGAGACCACACGUUCUCGCCACGGCUGGCUCAAAGGGCGAACUCUUCAUCUGGGACGUUAACGACACCUCGACCGCUUUCCGUCUUGGCACCGCCGCCGCCCAGGAUAUCGAGUGCGUGGCAUGGAACAGGAAGGUUUCCAACAUUUUGGCGGCCGGAAGUGCCGGGGGAUUUGUCUCAGUCUGGGAUCUCAAGACGAAGAAGCUGUCCUUGACCUUGACACCCAGAGACCGCAAGCCCGUCAGUGCGAUCGCUUGGGACCCGAACAACUCGACGAGCCUCCUUACCGCAACGUCCGAUGACACUAGCCCAGUUAUUUCUCUCUGGAAUCUGAGAAACUCGCAGGUUCCCGAGAAGACCCUUCAGGGCCACGAUCAGGGCAUUCUGUCUCUGUCUUGGUGCCAACAGGAUCCAGGCCUGUUGAUUUCUUGCGGCAAGGACAACCGAUCACUCGUGUGGAACCCGCAGACCGGAGAGCGGUAUGGCGAGUUCCCCGAGGCCACCAACUGGGCUUUCUCGACACGUUUCAACCCUGUCAACCCCAACUUGUCCGCCAUUGCGUCUUUUGAUGGCAAGAUCACCAUCCACACUCUGCAAAACACCAACCCUUCUACGGCGCCAGUGCCCCAAAACAGCUUGGACGAUGAUGACUUCUUCUCCAAGGCCCCGACCCAGCUUCAGACCACCUCUUUCUCUCUCCCUAGGGCUCCCAACUGGUUUGAGCGCCCUGUCAGCGUAUCCUUUGGCUACGGUGGUAAGCUUGUCAUUCUCCGCAAGAACGAUACGCCCGCUGGUCAGCCCAGGUCUUCCAAGAUCCAGAUUGUUGGGUUCUCUGUAGACUCAGACAUUGGAUCUGCCACCGAGAAGUUUGAGGAGGCCUUUAAGAGUGGCGAUCUCGCUGGCAUCUGUGAGUCGCAGAUUGAGUCUGCCAAGACGGAGGAGGAGAAGGCCGAAUGGCAGGUGUUGAAGACCCUGAGCGCCUCAGAUGGCCGUACCAAGAUUGUAGAGUAUCUUGGCUACUCCAAGGAAGAAGAGGAGGAGUCCAACGGGGCUGAAGAAUCCGAGACUGCCGAGACCACCGAGACCAAGGAGGAAACAGAAGAGACCGGCUUGGCUCCUCCCCAAGCCAAUGGCGACGGCAAGAGGAAGCACAAGCGUGUGACGAGCAUGUGGGGUGAUGUAGAUGAUGGCGAGGACUUCUUGUCCGAUUUGCCUGCCACCAAGGGCGCCAGAACCGACAACCCGUUCCACCUCCUGAGCGAGGGCAACACCCACCUCGAGGACAAGAUUACCAAGGCCAUUAUCCUGGGCAAGUUCGAAAAGGCCGUCAACAUCUGCUUGAAGGAGAACAGGAUCGCCGAUGCCUUCAUUCUUGCUAACUGCGGUGGAAAGGAUCUCGUCGACAAGGUCCAAACCGCUUACCUCGCGCAGAAGAAGGGUGCCCCCAGCUAUCUCCGCGUGAUCAACUCGAUCAUUGGAAAGAACCUUUGGGAUGUCGUCUACAAUGCCGACCUCGCCAACUGGAAGGAGACUAUGGUUACUCUCUGCACCUUUGCUGAUCCCUCCGAAUUCCCUGAUCUCUGCGAAGCACUUGGAGAUCGCAUCUACGAGUCCGGGUCGCGAAACGAUGCUUCUUUCUGCUACCUUGUCGGCUCCAAGCUGGAGAAGGUGGUGGACAUCUGGAUCGCUCAGCUCAAGGAGGCCGAGGAGGCUGGACUGAAGGAGUCCACUAAUGAUUCGACUUUCUCGGUCCACGCCAGAUCGCUGCAGCAGUUUAUCGAGAAGGUUACCAUGUUCCGUGCGGUGACCAAGUUCACCGAUGAGGAGAAGAACCUCACCGGCGGCUGGAAGCUCGAGGCUCUGUACAACAAGUAUACAGAGUAUGCUGAUAUUGCCGCUGCCCAUGGCCAGCUGGCGAUCGCUCAAAAGUACCUCGACCUCCUCCCCAACGAGUUCCCUGCUGCCGAGGUUGCGAGAAACCGUGUCAAGCUUGCCACUCAGAAGGCUGCUCCCCAGCCUGCUGCCGCUGCUACUCGGGCUCCUGCCUCUCGCGCGGCUUCUCGCGCCCCUGCGCCUCUGGGUUAUCAACAGGCCGCCCCUGUUGCCCCUGUUGCCGCCACACCCGCCAAUCCAUAUGCUCCUCCUGUUCAGGCUCAGCAGCGCGCUCCCGUUCAGAACCCAUAUGGGUCUCAGUACGCCCCUCCAGGUGUCUCCCCAUACGCUCCUCAAGGUCAGGGAUACGCGCCUUCUCCUCCUGUAGGCGGUGGGUAUGCACCUCCCGUUCAGUCUUUCACCUCGGCUGGCCCCCCACCUAGAAAUACUGGGCCCCCGCCCCAGAUCAAGAAGGACGUUGGUGCUUGGAAUGAUCUCCCAGAGUCUAUGGCGGCGAAGAAGCCUCCUCCUCGGAGGUCUACCCCAAGUGUCGCCCCGGUCACCUCGCCUUAUGGUGGCCCCGCGGGUUUGACCAGCCCUCCCCCCGUUGGCCCCUAUCAGCGAGGAGCACCAACACCACCACCUCCUCCUCCCAAGGGCCCUGCACCCCCUCGCAACACGGCUUCUCCUUUGACUGGGCCCCCGCAGGUUGGCCAACAGCUGCCGUACAGACCCGGGUCGGCCUCUUCCCAUGCUUCCACCAACCCGUACGCGCCUCCACAACCCCAGGUGGCACCUCCGCUGCCAUCACCCAUGGCUGUUCCCCGGACAGCAUCGCCAUACAACCCCCCUCCCGCUGGUGCCCCUGCCCCGAGCAGAUACGCCCCGGCACCAGCGCCGCAAACCUAUAGCCAGCCCCUGACGUCCACCCCACUUGCUCCUCCCCCGUCCAACCCGUACGCCCCUGCGCCCGUUGCACACCAGUCGGCACCACCCGUCGGCCAGUACGCACCUCCUCCUCCCCAGGGCGGCCGGCCACCAGUGGGGCCUCCACCCAGCGCCGGUCCUCCCCGUGCUCCCGUAGGACCCCCACCAGCUGGCGGACCGCCCCGUGCUUCCCCUGCCCCGGCUGCGGCUGCCCCUCCACCGCCAGCGGUGGCCAAGCCCAGACAUCCCGCCGGUGACCGGUCUCACAUCCCUCCCAGCGCUCAGCAGCUGGUGGAAAUCUUUAGCCAGGACAUGCAGAGAGUAGCAGCCAAGGCUCCCGCUUCGUUCGCGCCGCAGGUCAAGGACACGCAGAAGCGUCUGGGUCUUCUCUUUGACCAUCUCAACAAUGAGGAGCUCGUCCAGCCAGACACGAUUGCGCAGCUGGCUCAGUUGGCGGAUGCUCUUGCCAGCAAGAACUACGACGUCGCGAGCAAGAUCCAGGUGGACAUUCAAAGGGAGAAGACUGAGCAGUGCGGACAGUGGAUGGUUGGUGUGAAGCGGUUGAUCAGCAUGAGCAAGGCGACUCCUUGA